GUACAGUAAGUAUACGGAACAACAAAACGCCGUCUGUGAAGCUUAUCUAUGGCGCUGCUAUGUUUUGCGUUAUAUCCCAGUCGUAACACUGCGGCUUAGUUGAGUGUUGUAUUGUUGUGUAUGUGUCGCCGAAUUCGAGUUUUUUCAAUACUUUCAAUCGUUUUUUUUUCGAAUUUUCCGAUAAAGUUUUCCCGGUGUUAAUUUCAUUUUAACUUCGCAGUGAUACCUUAAAGUGUCGAGCAAGAGUGGUGCGUCUUGGUGAUCGAUAAAAUAACGUAUCUCGUAACCGUAUCAAUAUCGUGUACCGCUGUUCCGCACGUGAGAACCAGACCAUCGGCAAUUUGGCGAUUUACGAACCUGUAAAUAUUUGUCGCGUGUUUACCUGCAUGUUGGAAUGAAAACGCGCAAAUGUUGCAACAUACAAACGGAUACAGAAUGAAUAAGAUUUAUGAAGCAAGGCUAAGGCGACACUUUAGAAUUACGCGGCGACAUUUAGUGCUGGUGGGUUAAAAUUUCGCGAAUUGAAUGUGCGCGAUGUCGGAUUAAUCGUACGUAUAUAUUUUACAUGCACAAUGUUGUCGUAUAUGGUGCCAUCGCCGAUCGAAGAUAAACCUCCGGUCGCGCCGGUCGUUUCGAAUAAAAAUACUCUUCGAUUAGUGCUGGAAAAUCACGUAAAUAGAAAUGGUAACGUAACGAUGGCCAGUAUCCCGAAUGGAAACGUCAGCGCUCAUAAAAAAAUCAUCAAGAAUAGUAGUAUGACAUCGGCGGAGAGUAGCAAUAGUAGCUUGAAUAGCAGUACUGAUAUACCAAGCGUUCACGGAUCCACCCCUAGUGUCGAGAAAUCUAAAACCAAAAUGACUAAUGGUAGUGUGAAGCAGACCACUUUGAAAAGGGUAUCAUUCGGAAGUUCAAAAGGCUCAAUGGUGGAGACGCUAAUUUACGAAACCCCUGUUCAAGAAGAACCCGAACCUACCCCUUCUCAAAAAUCAAAUUCCGAUAAAAGCGACGAUACAGAUUCAUAUUCGACAUGUGAGGGGGUUAAAGUACCGUCGAGUAAAGUUCGAGUGAGUUUUUUCGAAUCGACAGAAAAAAAGUACGUGUUAUCGGCGCCGGACAGUAUUACCAAUUCCGAAGAUCUUGUAAUUUAUGAACAACUCGUUAUGUCUAGUCCUUCGCAAAUGAAUAAUACAACUGUACAUAGUUACGGUAGACAAGAAAGUACCGACAGUGGUUGGGACAAUCCAUUUCGACCUGAUGGUGACCUAUCCAAAGAAGCUGACGAAAUAGUCGAACUGAUUAAAGAAGGCAAACCAAUAACGCCGACGCAGAAUAACCCAUCGUCCAAGUUAUUACACGAUGACCACGACGGCAACGCGACCAUUUCCGAUAAACAAAACUUAGCCUCAAGUCCAAAAGGAUCAAAAGUGAACGGUUCAGCCAAGCUGGAAAAUUCUGUAGUUACUGGAAUCGAGGUGCAGCACGGUACGACAGCGACGCCAGCCGAUGGCACGCAAGUCGAACACGUAGUCAUUAAGAAAAAACCAAAAAAAUGUUGCGUGGUACAGUGAAUAAAUGUGAAAAAAAUUGGGUGUACCUUGUACCUCUAUGCUAUAGCUCUAUAUUGUUAUACACGAUCAUAUCGAGAUGGAAAACGAAAAAACUUCAUCAGAGACGAAUUUCAGACGACGUUUUUCUUUUUAAUUAAAAAAAAAUUUACGAACAAAAAUUUUUUCAAGGAUAAAUUACGUACAUAGCUAAUUUAAGAGAGCAAUUUUUUACGCGUGUGCGAGUGUGUUUGUGUCUGCAAAUCGGGUAUUCAUUCAAUAACAAUAACAUACGUUACCAUACUGUGUCAUUUUAUUUAUUUCUUUUUUCAGACGCCAACGGCGAUUCGCAAAUUGUACCCCCCUUCUAAGCGCCUCUUCUUAUAAUUUUCUUCUUUUUUCUCUCUCUUUCUUUAUUUCUUUUUUUUUUUGAGUUUGUUUUUCGUUUUUGUAAGUCUGAUACAAUUUAAUUGUUUGGUGCAGUUCCUAUAUGAGUGAUAUGUAAAUGAGCGUGUUUAUUAUUUAUUUAUUAUUUUUUUUCUCUAUCUGUAUUUUUCUUUCUCUGUCUUUUUUCUCUAUCGUUACUACAACAAAAGUACAAUUGUAAAUUUCGUUGUAUAUUUUCCUUUUUUGUUUGCGCCGCACGACAAAUGAGUUAUGAAAAUUGAUACGAUUCGAGUUGUUAUUUAUUUAUUUAUUUUUGCUGGAAAUGAAUCCAAGAUUUAGUUGGCUGAAUUUGAGCCAAAUAUGGGGAAUUUUUUGAAGGGAGGGUGGAGAUUUUCGAUUACGUAUGUCACAAAGUAUCUUGAUCAGGAAUUAGGAAUUUCGGCCGGAAUUUCGUUUUAUCAUUGUAUCAUAAUUGUUUUCUAAUUUUUUGUAUUCUAUUGUAUUUUUGAUUUUAUAUUCAUUUUAUUUAUUUUUUUUUUCUAUUGUGACGGAUUAAUUUAUACGAAUAUUUUGCCUAUUCGUCGAAUAUACAUAAACGUGUGUAUAUUUUUACAUAUUUGUAAAUGUAGGAUACAGCGUUAUUACUACUGUGUGAUUUGUAUGUGAUUAGUACGAAUUUUGUGUGUUGUGUGAAACGGAUGUGUAAAGGUUGAGACGAUGCGACGUGUAAUUUUAUUCUUAGGAGAUUAUGCUGGGCAAAUUGUAUCGAGUGAAAUAAAGAUAGUGGUUUAAUUGAUCUUCUUGAUGUCUGGGAGUAAUUAGGCGGAUGAAUUUUUAGAAUUAUUUCGGGAGAGAGAUGAGUUCGAAAAUGGAAUUGCAAUUUUUGAAAGAAAAAAAUCAGUUCGAUGCUCAUUUUGAAAAUGGAGAAAUUGCUCAAAAUGAGUUUCUCAAUUUCCAAAAAGAAAUUCAAACGAGGAAUUGAAAAUUAUGGAUUAUGUGAACGAAGUCGAAACCAUAAGUUAAUUGUCUAAAAAUAUUUCAGGUGUUAAGGGCCCAAUUUUUUUGGAAAAAUUCUAUUGAAAAGCUCACGUAAAAUCAAUUUUAUUCAAAAGUUGAAAAAUACUAAUUUUUCAUUUAAAAAAUGAUACGGUGAUGAAUUUUGUUCUAAAAUGAAGUGGGCAUCUCAAAAAUUCCAUUUGAUCAGGAAACUAUUUUUGAGCAAAUAAUUUCAUCAUUGUAAUACAACCAGUAUUGAUUGGCUUUGAAUUUUUUUUGGGAAAAUCAUCAUUCAAUUCUUCACUUAACCCUCUCUUAUAUGCAGUUUUUAAAAAUUCUUCCUUCGAAUGACUCCCAGACCUGGAUACGAAGCCUGAUUGGUGGGUUAAUCGAGACGAAACUAUGUACAACGUGCCUUAAAUUACAUAUUAAAAUUAAGCAGCAUUUUUUGGCAAAUUAUUUUUUUUGGAAGUUAAUAAAUCUCUUAGCAGAACAUAACGAGAAAUUAAUUCGCGAUUUUACUACUACUCGUCUAUUUUGUCGGCGAAGAAAAAGAGAACACAGAAAACGUUAUAAAAUAAUAAAGAAAAUUACCUACGCACAAGUUUUUAAUUUUUCUUCUUUUUUUUUUUUUUGAUGAGAGCGAGUCGAGCUUGAAAUUUUAUGAGGCAUUGUACCGAAACGGUGUAAAUUUUAAAGGUCGUUACUACGCUCGAUGUUAUUUUUAAUUUCGCAUUUAUGGAAGCACUUUUCAUUGAUUUUACUCCCUCUAUGUUUCUCUGUUUUUCUAAAUGUCAUCAAAAUAACGUCCUUUUUAUAUUUUUACACGAUUUUUAUGUAUUUGAAGCCUUGAUGGUCCACCUUGGUUUAUACACGAUCGCUUAUUAUUUCGUACAAGUUGCUUUGACAUUUUUUCCCAAAUUCGUUUGAAAUGAAGACGUUUUGUAUUUUAUUUUUUGGAAACAUUUUAUAAUGUAUAAUUUUGAAUUUUGUAUCGUGAAUUGUGCCAAUAUGCAUUUCAAAUGCUUAUGCAGCUAUUUUAUGUAUACGUAGUUUCGAAAGAUUGUCUUCCAAAUGCAUCAGCUAUAUUAUGUUUUUUUUUUGCUGUUGUUGUACCAUUAAUCCAGUUAUGUUUGAACGGAUCACGAAAGAUGAAUUUAAAAAAAAAAUAGUUUUCUAAGUGGCACCUCUACUAACAGUAUCGUGUAUCUUAUGUGUUAUCGUCUUUCUCUCUAUACAUACUAUUUAUACUGUAAAAUGUACCUACUCCUACCUACGAAGGAUAAAUAUCUAUGCAUCGUGUGGCCUCAUAUAAUCUACGUAUCUUAUAUGUUUAGAAAAUUAGCAGUAUUUUUAAAAAAUAUAUAUUUUCCCGAAGCCCCAGUUAUAACAUUUGUUUGGCUUUUCUAGUCAGUUUUAAUACGAAUGAGACACGUACGUCGUAUAGGUGUUUAUCUAUUCCAAACGCCCCAAGUACACCAAUUUUUUUACUUUUUUUUUUUUUUGUUGAUCAUGAGGCAGCUUAAUGUGCAUGUUCAUUCACAUCACGAUGUAUAUUUUUCUCAAACGAAUAUUGUAUAUUUAUUGAGUAGUAUGUACUCAUGUAGAGUUAUGUUAGUACAUUCCCCUUGUUUUUUUUUUUUUUUAAUGUGAGGUGAACAUGGCCAGAGAAGUAGAUAUUUUCGAUCGCAAUAAAGUUUUUGGAAUUUUUUCCUGUUGUGAGACGAAUUGCAAAACAUGUUUUUCCGUCAUAUUUCGUGUAAUAGAUCGAAUUUGUCUUAUUUUGUAAGUUUGUAAAUAUUAUACAUGUCAUUAAAUUUUCAAUAUCAUAGUU